AUGGCAUCAUCUUCUAAUUCUCUUCUUCUUAAUCGGAAACAAGAACCACCAACAAAAAACCAAGAAUCUUUGAAUUUCCAUGAAGAAAUACUCUCUGUACAGCAUCAGAUACAAAAAGAACAACACGCAAGUUCUUCCCCAAUGAUGAUGAUUGAAGAAAUUCCUUCCGAAAUUUGGCUUGAUCAUAUCUUUACUUUUUUGGAAGGAAAAAUUCUGUUGAAUACUUGCAUGUUCGUUUCAAAACAGUGGAAAGAGUACGUGAAAAAAACAACAUGUUCCUUACUGAAUUUAUCUAUUCGGGCUGAUACAUCCACGAAACGAGAUUUAAUUUUUUCAAAUUUAUAUUUGGAACAUGUUGAAUCUUUGGAUUUGUCUUUUAAUGGUUUAUCGAAGAGAGGAAUUGUGCAUUGGGCAAAAUUUGGUCAUAAGUUUACGGAAUUGACAGGUUUGAAUUUAAAGUUUAACAUGCUUCGUGAUUCAGCGAUUAUUGUGUUAGCUCAAUUGGAAUGUUUGAAAAAAUUGAAACAUUUGAAUUUGGCUUCGAACAAGAUAGAUACCGAAGGAUUUGAAGCCAUUGUGAAGUCUCCUUAUUUUUCAAAUAUUACUACUCUGCAAUUACAAGAAAAUCAAAUUGGAUUGGAGGAUUUAUCGAUUCAGCCUUCUCAAGUCACUCUGUCACAAUUGACUUAUUUGGAUUUAAACCAAAACUGUAUUACGACACAUGGAAUGCAAUUUCUUUCCACAUGUCCUGCUUUUCAAAAUUUGACCUAUUUGAAUCUAUCUAAAAACUCUCUCAAUGAACAUGCAUUGAAAUAUCUUGCCAAUGGAGUUUUCACUAAAUUGGAGACUCUCGAUCUCAAUGGAUGCUCAAUUUUAGAUUCUGGAAUUAUUCAACUUGCUUCUGGAAAUAUUCAUCAUUUAACUUGUCUAAAUUUGGCGAGGAAUGGAAUUGGUGAUUCGGCCGUUUCAGCACUCGUAAGCUCCACAAGAGUGUCUCACUUACAAAAAUUAAUACUGUCACACAAUAGAAUCACAAAUGUUGGAUCAUCUUCAAUUGCUUCAUGUCCACACUUGAAAAAACUCAAACAUUUGAGUUUAAUACGAAAUUCAAUCGAUGAGAAAGGUCAAAAAGCUCUAUUGGAUCGUUUUCCAGACAUGAUUCAUCUUCAAUUGCCACAGUUAUCAUCCAAACAAAGUGAAUUCGAAACAUUUUUCAAUGCCAUGGAUAAGAUUAGUAAUCGAUACAAUUACUGA